AUGAGUGAAAUUGCCCCAUUAGGGAAACUGAAAGAUUGGUUUUACAGGGUUGAAUACCAACAGAGAGGCUCGCCUCACAUCCAUAUGCUCAUAUGGCUUGAAAAUGCACCUGUAUUUGGUGUUGAUAAAGAUGAAGAUGUAAAUUUCAUUGACCAAAUAAUAACUUGUAGAAAACCUGAUAAUGACACUGAAUUAUUUGAUCUUGUAAACAGACAAACUCAUAGACAUUCUCACACAUGUCGAAAAAACUCCAAAAAAGUUUCUAGAUUUAAUUAUCCUCAGCCACCCAUGAGAUCAACACAGAUACUUCAUCCACUUGAUGACAAUGCUUCUGAAACUGUCAUAAGAGCCAGAAAAGAGUUGUGGAAAAAUAUUAAGAAUAAACUAAAUGAUUUAAAAGAGGGAGAAGACGUAACAUUUGAUCAACUUCUAAAAGAACUAGAUGUUUCAGAAUAUCAAUAUAUUCUUGCAAUUCGGUCAUCACUAAAUUGUCCAACAAUAUUUCUAAAAAGAAGUCCCAAUGAAUUAAGGAUUAAUAAUUAUAAUCCUGCUUGCCUCCAAGCUUGGAGAGCGAACAUGGACAUUCAAUUUGUGCUGGAUGUAUAUGCCUGUGCAAUGUACAUUGUUUCCUAUAUUUCGAAGGCUCAAAAAGGAAUGAGUGACUUGUUACGUAACGCAUGUGCUGAAGCUAAGGAAGGUAAUUCCACCAUCAAACAACAGGUUCGUGACAUUGGCAACAAGUUUUUAAACUCUGUUGAAAUAAGUGCACAAGAAGCAGUGUACCUCAUUCUGCAACUUCCCAUGAGAAAAUCUUCUCGAAAUGUUGUAUUCAUUAACACAUCUCCUCCAAGUGAUCGUGUUGAACUAUUGAAACCUCUCAGUGAGAUUGAGAAGAUGUCAGACGAGUCUGAAGAAAUUCACUCUGGUGGACUUCUGAAACAAUAUGUAGAACGACCAGACAGUUUAAAACAUAUUACAUUAGCUGACUGCGCAGCUUGGUACGACUCAUCUGGGCUGAACAAGUAUAAGAAAUCUGUUAAAAAAUCAGAUAUUGACAACCUUCCUUUGGAAGAUGAGGAUGAAAAUAAUGAUGAUGACCUAGGUGUUCAAAACACUGAAAGUUGUGUUUCAUCUAAAAAGUCUAUCAAAAAAAGAUCACAAGCAAGAAUUAUCCGCAGUGUUUGGUUUAACAAAGAAUCUCAACCAGGAAAACAUUAUCGUGAGUUGAUCAUGCUUUUCACUCCAUGGCGAAAUGAACAGGUCGAUUUAAUGGGAGCUUACUCUUCCUUUCAAGAACAUUACGAAGCUCGUCGUGAUGAAAUCAGUGACCAAAUGCAAGAAUAUGCGGUUUGUAGUGAAGAUUUAAAUGAAAUUCAACAUCACUUACAAGAAUGUGAUGAUGAUGCGUAUGACACAAUAGCACCAGUUACACAAGACACUGAACGUCGGGAUGAAAACGAAGGUAAUACAGAUACACAUCCAGAUUUAAAUGAAACAUAUGAUGUCUCUGAAGACUUGG